CUGAACUGCUGAAGAAACGGAUGUAGGGCGGUAGGCCUCUAGGCUAGAGGCCUGUAGACUGUUGACUCGGACCAGGACCUAACUUUCGAAGAAAACACCGUCGUAAUUACACGAAUCAGCUUCAGUCUGGUCACCAAAAAGGAUUUUGUGCCUGGACUACAGCACUCUACUUCUAAGUCUAAGGAUCUUCUCGACGUGAGCUUGGCUUACAUCGCAGACUGGAAAAAGAUCCUUUCCAGUACAGGUGUUGUACACUGACAUAUAUGUCUGUUCUUGGGAAUGUGGGAAUUUGAAGAGAACUAGUAGGAUAGAAAGUACACUCAUGCUUGUGUGGAAAGUUAAGAAAAGUGAGUGUGAAUAUUAAGAACUAAAAGGCAAGUAAAUCAUGGCUGUCAGUAAUGUGUUGAGCAUCGUGGCCGUGGUGAUAUCCCACUGGUCUAUCUCUAUGGCGAUGGUGUUUGUUAACAAGCGCCUCGUUGGGAGCAAGGACAGUGGCCUGGACAUAGCCGUCUUCAUCGUGUGGGUUCAAAAUCUUGUGGGUGCGCUCAUCAUGUCGUUGGCCAUGAAGAUCAACGGCAGCCUGGAGCUGUCAUGGAAGACGCCCCGGUUCUGUAUUGCGGAGCUGACUCACCCAGACAUGGUACUCUCCUCGAUGACUUUUGCCGGCACGCUCGUCUUCAACAACCUGAUGCUUAAAUACAUCAGCGUGGCAUUCUACCAAGUGGCGCGCUCACUCACUCUAAUCUUUGUCAUCUCAUUCAGUGCAUUUAUCCUCAAGGAGAAGUUUACCACACAUGUCCUUCUCUCCUGUGCCCUCAUUGUUUUGGGAUUCUAUGUGGCUGUAGAUGAAGAAAUCAUAAGCCAAGGCGUACAGAUGAUUGGGGUUGUCUAUGGCAUCUUAGCAAGCCUGUUUGCUGCUCUGUGUGGUGUUUUUUUCAAACGUUUCCAGACCGGAAUGAAAGUGACAUCAAUGCAGCUGACUUACAACAACUGUGUGAUCUGUGCUGUCACCCUUUUUCCUCUAGUAAUCUCCACCGGUCAGUUGUCCAGCUUCCUAAGCUCACGUUUUGGCAGCGAUGCUGUCACAUGGGGUCUUCUAGUAGUCUCUGGGAUUAUGAGUCUCACUAUGGGAUGGAUCAGCGCCCUCCAGAUCCGUCUAACAUCUCCACUGAGCCACAACAUCAGCAUCAAUGCAAAGUCUCUGUGCCAGACCAUGCUGGCAGUCAGCUGGAGUGGUCAGAGCAGACACUGGCUCUGGUGGCUGGGUAACGGCCUCGUCAUGACGGGUAUCGGCGUCUAUACGGCAAACAAAAUACGCCUGGAGAGCAGCAGGCAGAACAGGAAUAUCGAGGUGGAGGUGAAGGAACCCAAGCAAGAGGAUUAGCAAAUUAUAAAGCUCAUUUAGUAAAUCUAUGAGAAAAUAAGUCGUACUGACCUCCUACCUCCUUGCCAACUCUAUUAUAUUUUAGUCUCUGUAUGUCGAAUCAAAUUACUUUUAUUUUAAAAUACAUAUAUUUUGCUAUAAGUAUUAUAUUUUGUUUGGUCCCAUGGGAACUUACAGAAACUUCCUAACUUUAAGGGACCUAAAAAAGUUGGGUUAAAGGAUAGAAAGGACAAAAGAAGGCAGCUGAAGCCUUCUGUAGAUGUAUUGUUUGUGGAAGGUAGUUGUCUGCCACUUUGGCAGUUUUGAGUGAGUGAGUUAAGGUUAAGGCUACUGCUAUCCAUUUAUACUAUGUGUUGGUGUGUUGGUACAGUGGAGUCCGUGAAAGUCAAAAUCCGGAUUUUCUUUGGUUUAGCCCUGUUUUCAGUUUAGACAGAUUGAUCAAAUAGCAGGGGGAUUGAUGAUUCCAUUUUCUUUCUCUUUACUGCUGUUUUCCCAUUAAAUGUGUUCAGUUUAAGCUAACUCCACUGUAUUUUCUUCUCAUAAGAAAUGUGCAUGAUUUAGUUUUACACUUGUAGGCUCAUUUUUAUUUUCUCUUUGAGGUAAGCCGUAGUUAGGACAUUAGAUUUUCCCAUGGGUGUUUACAAGUUUUAAAAUCAGCCUGUUCCUGAAUCAAAUGAAUUUGAUAGGCUUCUACUGGUUUAAUUAAGUUACAGAAUAUAAUGUACGGAAAAGCAGUGAAUAAUGGUCACAAUGAAAUUGAAAUAAAAGAAUUGAAAGGGAUAAAAUUAUAAAAUUAUGCUUUUAUCGCCCUCUCUGGGGCAAUUUAGGUUACAAUGGAGAUACAACAAUGUAUUCAUAAAAUGAUUUACAGUAGGGUAUGCCAGAGUCACAAAAAAGUAUGAGAUACCCCUUUUUGUUGAUCCGUCUGGGGCAAUCUGGGGUACAAUGAUAACUGGCAGGUACAAUGCAGACAGAAAUGAUAAAACCAAAUCACUUGAUUUAUAGUGUAUAUAUAUAUACACAGUAUCACACCAAA